AAAAAUACGCUAGUGCUACGACAACGACAUCUGCCGCAUGUGCGACGCAAGCCAGGAACUCUGAUACAAAUUUAAAACACGGUGAAGCCUACAAUGAGUUUGCGCGCACCGAGACGGUCCAACGCUGAUGGUCUAUCGGAGAACGUUCUCAAAGCGAUUCUGGAGCCAGCAGCAGCGUAUAUGGCAGAAACACAAAAAAUGAAGGAAGAGGGGAAUGAGAAUGGAGGCAGCGAGAACACAAACAUUGAUCAACGAAACCAGCUACUUCAACAAGCAUCUCAACGUGGAAGUAUCGGAAGUUUUCUGGAUACGACUUCAUUAUCGACAUGUAGUAAGAGAAGUCUUCACUCAUCUCGCCUAACAUUAUCCGACUCCAAAGAAUUUUACAAGACAGUCGGCUGCCGUUGGAUUCGAUCAGUUCGUCAUGGUGAUGUGUCAACGGUGAAAAAAAUGUUGGAGGAAAAUUCCGAGUUGGUAAACUAUGCUCCGACGUAUGGUCCUUUGGCGCUUCAUUUGGCAGCAGCUCGUUCUGAUCGAUCAAUCAUAUUGCUUCUAUUGGCAAAAGGUGCGGAAGUUGAUUCAAGGGAUGCGGCAGGCUACACGUGUCUUCAAUUGGCAAUUCGACGAGGCAACCAAUCGUUGGCCCAUUUUCUGAUCUUGCAAGGAGCCAACAUCGAACUCAUCGACCCUGAUGGCCGUGGUAUUAUCGAUUAUGAUGGUUGGAGUGGAGAAGAUCAACGAUCUGCCGAAAAGCAUUUUUAUGGUAAAAUAAUUCUUCGCCCAAAAGCUCAUUCAUUUGUCGGAUCUCCAUCAUCAAUCUCUAUGAAAAGCUCGAAAUCUACUCGUACAAUGAGACCAUCUUCUACACCAAACGACUCGAUGAUUUCUGAAUAUGAAAGUUCGAAUUUGAAACGAAAUGAAAAACAACGAAGCUCGUGGAUGUCAUUUUUCAAAUCACAUACCAUCUUCGGCUCGAACUCAAAAUCAUAGACAUUUCAUUUUACUACGUGUUGUGUGCAAUUAAUGAUUUUUUAGGAAUAUAAAAUUUUUAUUUAA